UGUGCUAUUUCAGCAUAAACAUCUUCGCCAUAAAUUUCAACGCAUUGCAUCCACAUAUCCAAUGCUCCUAAGCUUUUUUAUGUCUUUUCCUCACAUGCCACUUGGAGACUUAGGCCAUUAAAGAUCUGAAAUCUUUAUUCGUCUCGACCUAACGGCAUUUAAUUAUGUUCCAAAUUUUCAAUUUGAUCAGAACAAGCUGUUGUCUUUACUGUUUUCUGCCUUCUGCGUUGUCAUUUCAGGCUGUGUUGGCGUCGAAGCUUUUGUUUUUAUUGCAGAAGGGAGAGGGGGAGAAGCUUGCGUUGUGGAAAUGGAGUCAAACGAGGAGGCGGAGUGGAAGCUGGUGGCGCAGAUGCGGUCUGCUGUUGAAGCAAAGGACCCAGCAGCCAAGGAGGUGGAUGACUUUAUGAUUCGAAGAUUCUUGCGAUCUCGUGAUUUGAACCUCGAGAAGGCGUCGGACAUGUUCUUGAAGUUCCUGAAAUGGAGGAGGACUGCUGUACCUAAUGGUUUCAUUGCUGAAGCACAAAUCCAGAAUGAACUUUCUCAUAAUAAGUUAUUCAUCCAGGGAUUUAGCAAGAAAGGGAGUCCUAUAUUAAUCGCUUUUCCUUCAAAACAUUAUCCCUCAAAGCGAGACAUGAAUGAAUUGAAGAAUCUUGUUGUGUAUUACCUUGACAAAAUAUGCGCCAGGAUGCCAGGAAACCAGGAGAAGCUUGUUGCCAUAGUAGAUUUUCAAGGCUGGGGCUAUUCCAACUGUGACAUACGCGGCUACCUUGCAGUAUUAGAUAUUCUGCAGAAUUACUAUCCAGAAAGACUUGGGAAGGUGUUCUUGAUCCAUGUUCCAUCCCUUUUUAUGAGAGCAUGGAAGAUUGUAUACCCUUACAUUGAUAAGAAUACUAGGAAUAAGUUUAUCUUUGUGGAGGACAAGAAUCUGAGGACCUCAUUGCUUGAAGACAUUGAUGAGGAUCAGCUCCCAGAGAUAUAUGGUGGAAAGCUAAAGCUGAUGCCCCAUUGAUUCAUUGGAUGAUCAUACAAAAAAAUUAAAGAGGAUUCUCAUUCAUAUCAUAGAAUUAUUAAGUAUUUAUACAUCUAACACCUAAGGUUUUAAAUCAUAUCAAAAAAACAUCACUGAAAUUAAUGUAUUUAAUCUAAAAUAUAACUUUUUAUAUGUAUAUUUGAUGUGAUUGAGGCUUCGUUUGAGACGGCUUUUUUACUGCUUCUUAAAGCAACUUUUUAGUACAACAAAUAAAAUUUUUGUACUAAAAAGCUGCUUUAAGAAGCAAUAAGAAAGUCGUCCCAAACGAAGCCUGAGAUACUGAAGUGUUAUAUGAGCUUUCAAAAGCGGCAAGCGCCUAACUUCAACUUUGAAUUUGUAUGAUAGAGUUGUUUUCGCCA